AUGGACUAAUUAGCUCCAAAUAGUAUUCCUAUUCAAUAAAAUUGUAUCAUUCAUCCUCAAAAUAAACUUGCCUUUAUCUAAGUUAAUGAAAUCCCAUCCCUUCCUAACUCUAACAUAUUCUAAUGUGUUGAUUGCUUCGAAUAAGAUUUACAAUUUAGAGGUGCCAAUUACAUGCUCAUCUAAAAAAUUAUUGAAAAUUCAGAUUCUGAUUUUCAUUAUAAAUGGCCACCUCUCAAUGAUUAGCAGAUUGUUCAGAAUAUUCAUUUGAAGGCUAAGAAUCUCAAUUCAACAUAAAGCGUCCUCAAUUAAAUCAAUUCUUACUUCACUUAGCUAAAAGAUGAAAUCAUUAAAAAAAUCGAUGUCGCUUAGAAAAAAGCAAUCAAUCAAGCUCUCGAAAUGCCUUUUGGCAAAGAGUAAAUUUUGAAAAGGUAUCAAGAAAUAUCUUAAAUUCAAAAUUUAAAAUCACUGCUCAUGCAAGACUAGAAUAAGUCUUUUGCGCUCUACCAAAAAUCGUGUAAAGACUUCAUUUAGUAAGUAUAGUUAAAUAAAGCUAAAAAUACGCAGCUGCUUUAAGAGUUACUCAAUCAAUGUGACAAAAUUCAACAAUUAGUGGAUUUUGACAGAUUAAACAAAAGCAAAAUAUUUUUAUUAGAAUUUUUAGAUUAGCUUAACUUUUUUGAAGAUUAAACAUAAAGUCAAGUCAAGUCUGAUAAUAACUUAAAUAAUAAUAUAUUACCAUAACAAGAUAAUAAUAAAAUAGAUUAAUUAAUGAAAUUAAUUUCUAACAAAACUAAUUAUUGUAGUGAAGAGUUUUUGAAUCAAAUUAGACAAUAAAUGUAAAAACUAAGUCUCUUUUUUGAAUAAAUUUCAUUUGACAAAAUGAAUCAAGAAGGUAAAAAAGCUAUCAAAUUUUCAGAAUUAAAUGAUGAGAAAAUAAACAGUGUAAAUGAAUAUGUUGAGCAUUUGAUCAAAUUACAAGAUGAUCCUUAACACCUCUAAUCAGUUAAGAAUUCAUUUUAAAUAUCAAAUCUACUCAAUGUUCUUGAUAACAAAUUCAAUUUUAUCUCAAAUAAUUAUCGAGAUAACUUGAUGAGAUACUUAAUUGAAACAUAUCCAUUUUCAAAAAAUAUAAACACAGAUGAAAUGUUCUCUGAAGAAUAAAGCUUUAAUAUUUUGAGGAGUCUAGAAACAAAUUAUAUAAAAGAGUUUGUUAAAAUAGUAAAAAAGAAAUAGAAUCUAAAUGAAAACCAAUAAAACUUUGAUAAUAGUUAAACAUACAGAGUUCAAUAAACAAUACUAGAAUCAUUUAGUUUUGAAAAACCUGAAUUGGAAAAUACCUUAAAACAAUUUCCUAUCUUUGAUUUAUUAUUGUUAAAAGGGAAGAAUAUCUUGAAUCAACUAUAAUUUUAGAAAAGCAAUUUUUAAGAUGGAAACUAGCGAAUAGAAAUAGUUAAAAAUAUGAAUAAUUAAUUUGAAAUUUCUUUAAAUUAAACUAACUACUAAGGGAGUUAUAAAAAAUUUUUAGAUUAGCUUAACUUUUUUGAAGAUUAAACAUAAAGUCAAGUCAAGUCUGAUAAUAACUUAAAUAAUAAUAUAUUACCAUAACAAGAUAAUAAUAAAAUAGAUUAAUUAAUGAAAUUAAUUUCUAACAAAACUAAUUAUUGUAGUGAAGAGUUUUUGAAUCAAAUUAGACAAUAAAUGUAAAAACUAAGUCUCUUUUUUGAAUAAAUUUCAUUUGACAAAAUGAAUCAAGAAGGUAAAAAAGCUAUCAAAUUUUCAGAAUUAAAUGAUGAGAAAAUAAACAGUGUAAAUGAAUAUGUUGAGCAUUUGAUCAAAUUACAAGAUGAUCCUUAACACCUCUAAUCAGUUAAGAAUUCAUUUUAAAUAUCAAAUCUACUCAAUGUUCUUGAUAACAAAUUCAAUUUUAUCUCAAAUAAUUAUCGAGAUAACUUGAUGAGAUACUUAAUUGAAACAUAUCCAUUUUCAAAAAAUAUAAACACAGAUGAAAUGUUCUCUGAAGAAUAAAGCUUUAAUAUUUUGAGGAGUCUAGAAACAAAUUAUAUAAAAGAGUUUGUUAAAAUAGUAAAAAAGAAAUAGAAUCUAAAUGAAAACCAAUAAAACUUUGAUAAUAGUUAAACAUACAGAGUUCAAUAAACAAUACUAGAAUCAUUUAGUUUUGAAAAACCUGAAUUGGAAAAUACCUUAAAACAAUUUCCUAUCUUUGAUUUAUUAUUGUUAAAAGGGAAGAAUAUCUUGAAUCAACUAUAAUUUUAGAAAAGCAAUUUUUAAGAUGGAAACUAGCGAAUAGAAAUAGUUAAAAAUAUGAAUAAUUAAUUUGAAAUUUCUUUAAAUUAAACUAACUACUAAGGGAGUUAUAAAAGUAAUUCUACUAAUUGCAUUUCUUAGAUACUGGAAAGAGAUAAAAAAUAUAUAUUUAGAAUUUAAUUUCAAAAGGGAAAUAAUGGUUUACUUAUGAUAGGAUUAAUGAAAAAUGAGAAUUUCAAUAGAAGGAAUGGAUUUAAUGAUAAAAUGAGCUACUAUUUUAAAUUAGAAAAUAAUAAGAUGAAAUAUAAUGGAUAAUAUGGAAUAGAUAAAUUUGUAAAAGGAGAUUUUACAUAAUUGUUAGAUGAAAAUAGUACUUUAGAGUUGAGAGUUUGGCUAGAAGGAUAGUAACUUGAGGUAUUAAAUUACCCAGAUUAUUCCUAUAAAGUUGAAAUUUAAGAUGAAUUUAAAUAAAAUUUAUCUUAAAAAGAUCUAUGUUUAUAUUUCUAUUUGAUUGGGCACUAAGAUAAAUAUAUCUUAAAAGAAGCAUUAAUAGUUGAGUAAUUUUGA